UUUGAAGUUCUCUGGAGCUACUCCAACAAUGGCAGCCGCCGCUGAGAAGACUCCGAUGAUGGUGGUGGUGGGGGUCGACGACAGCGAGCACAGCUACUAUGCCAUCCAAUGGGUUCUCCGCAACUUCCUCUCCGUCACCGGCACCUUCAAGCUCGCGAUCAUUCACGCCCAACCCAGCCCUGCCUACGCCGUUGGUCUUUCCGGCACCGUUGGAUUCUUUGGCGCAGGCACUGCUGAUGCUCUUCCGUAUGUGGAGUCGGAUUUGACGAAGAUUUCUUCUAGGGUUAUUGAAAAGGCUAAGGAGCUUUGUUCUUCCAGUUCGGUGAAAGAUGUCGUGUAUGAGGUGAUCGAGGGAGAUCCUAGAAAUAUUCUUCCUGAAGCUGUAGAAAAGUACCAUGCCGACGUGCUUGUCGUUGGCAGCCAUGGCUAUGGAGCAAUCAAAAGGGCGGUUUUGGGAAGUGUUAGCGAUCAUUGUGCUCAUCACGCACACUGCACUGUGAUGAUAGUGAAGAAUCCGAAGCCGAAACAUUAGGUGACCUUAUUCUUUAGUAAUGAAAUUAUUCUCUUAAUAUGCCUUUUAAUUCUAGCAAUAAAUUGAUGAACUUGAAGUUCAUAGUGAACAACAGCCUUCGAUACGAAUGAUUUCAUUUGUAUCAAAUAUGAACAUGUGAAUGUAUUUGAUUGGAGUGGAAAACUCUCAAGUUGGUGAUGCACAUAGUUUGAAGUAAUUUUAUCAAUACUUGA